AACACGGGGAUUAACGAUAUAGUGCGUGGCCACGCGUCGUCGCGUCGUCGUCGCGUCUCUCGUCUUCGCCUCAUCGAGCAUCCCUCUCGCUAUCGCGCUCUCUCUUUUACACCGUCCCUUCCACUCUUUCGGAUCUCGUUUCACCCCCUCGGACAUCGUGUAUCGUUUCCUUUCCUCCUACCGUUUCCACGACUUCUUCCGUUUCUUUUCUCUUCAUCUUCGCUGUUGGCUUUUCUCACCCCCUUUGCUCUCGACCGUCUUCGAGCCGGCUACCUUUCCGACUACUCGGAAAUUCGCUACUCGACCGUUCCCUUUGAACGUAGGAGCCGGUUGCUCGUACCGGCACCUCGCGCGUGCAGCUCGGUGGUGUGUCGACGACGCUCGUCGACGCGUAACGACGACGCGGCCACGGGAAGUUUGCCGUUCCGACUGUUUGCACGAACGAAACGAAACGAAACGAAACGAAACGAUAGCCGCGGUGGUACGCGACCGACAGAUCGAAAGAGAGAGAAAACGAGAGGGAGAAAGAGAGAAAGAGAGAGGGAGAGAAACGUAGAGAAAAAGAGACGGAACGAGAGCAACGGUGGAAGAGGAACACCACGAACGACGAAGGAGGGGGAUGCGUGCGUGGGAGGAGUAAGAGAUCCCGGAGGGCGACUUUUCUUUUAUUUGAGCUUGACACUUCGUCGUGGACGCGCGCACACACCGGAAGUACGAUACGCCAUCGGUCUCGUUGUUUCGUCGCGCGGCGCCGGCCACGGAGCAGAAUCGGAGGAAACGCGGUUCCAUCGGCGAGCACCGAACGCGAAGGGUCGCGAACGCGUCGACGGAAUGUCGCGGAAUCCGAGAACCGUUGCGGCGAACAAGGCUGCAUCCUCGAAACGCGUUCUCCUCGUUGGUCGGGGUUAGGAUUUGCCCCGCGUCUCUUCUUUCGAGCGAACUCGCCGAGUGUUCUUUUCUCUCGUGGCACGUGGGACGUCCACGGGACACGCGCAUCGCGAACAGAGGGGUUGCGGGCACGCGUUUGUUAACGAAUCGACUCGACCGGUGUCAGUGAAGCAACUCGUAGAGGGACUGGAAUCUUCGGAAGAUCGUAAGAUAUCGCGAGGCUCGUGGAGGGAACUUCCGGAAACGGUGAGAAGAAAACUGGCCGAAAGUCGACGGACGAGCCGUUCGAUCGUCAUCGAGGAUAUUGUCCCGGGGUAGUUUUUCGGAGCGACCCCUCGAAGCGACGAAACUGGAAGCUCUCGAAUCGUACGGAACGUCAAAGCAGAAGCGCCGGUGCCCGGGGCGAGGAGGAGUCCUCGACGCGUGCCAGACUGCUGAUCACAGGCACCGCGCCAGUCACGCCAGAGGAAGAGAGUGGUAGGUGUGGGAUUCGAAAGAAAGAAAGGAAAGAAGAAACAAAAGAAAAGAAAGGAAAACGUGCGGAGAAACGGCACGGAGAGGAAGAAAGAGGAACGACGACGCCACGCCGGUCUCUCCAGCGAGGGGUCCUUCCGUUCGGGUGCUAGGGGUGUGCAGCCUUGGACGAGGGGUCGCACUCGACUCUUUUUAAAGCGGGCAAACCGCGCUAAAGAAUAAGAGACGUCCUCGGGGCGAUGACAGGAUGCCUCCUUCUCGAUCAGGACGCGUCUACGAAGGACCACCGUCUAGGAUCGCCAUCAGGAUCGGACCCGCCAUCGCGCUCUUGCUGAUUCUCUUCGAGAAUCGUCGCGCGACCUGCUUAAUGAGCAACUCCGUGGACGAUUGGGUGAGCGGCAAUGCCGUGGUGUGCAACGGUAUACCAGGCCUGACGAAGGAGCAACGCGAGCUCUGCCACAGGAAUCCGGACGUGACGGUGGCUGCGAUCAAAGGUCUGCAAAUGGCGAUAUCCGAAUGUCAACAUCAAUUCAUGUGGCACAGGUGGAACUGUUCGUCUCUCACGCCGAGCAGUAGAACUCAGCAAAGCAGCGUUCUUCUUCAAAGAGGUUACAGAGAAACCGCGUUCGCGUUCGCUAUCUCCGCGGCGGGGGUGGCUCACAGCGUUGCCCGAGCGUGCAGCAUGGGACGGCUACUCUCCUGCGGAUGCGACCCGUCCAGCUACAAGGGUAAACCUCCUGCCAAGGCCAGGGGCACGCAAUGGAAGUGGGGCGGCUGCUCUCACAACCUCGAUUACGGCAUGGAGUUCUCGAGACAGUUCCUAGACACGCGCGAAAGGGUCGGGGAUAUACAGUCGACGGUCAAUCUCCACAACAAUCAGGCUGGUCGCUUGGCGGUGGCGACGAACAUGCAGGUGCGCUGCAAGUGUCACGGCAUGUCCGGCUCCUGCGAGCUGAAGACCUGCUGGAAGGUAGCGCCGGACUUUCGAUUAGUCGGGAAAACGUUAAAGGAUCGUUUCCGAAACGCCGUGUUGGUGGCACAGAGCAAUCUAGGCAGCGUGACACCGUUGACUCGAGUGAGAGGCUCGCGAAGAAGAAGGCCGGAUCGACAGAGGCAAAGGAAACAUCGUGGCGGUGGCCGUAAAAGGAGGCCUCGCGAUCUCGCUAAACAGCUGUUCUAUUACCAAAAAUCGCCGAAUUUCUGCGAGAGGGAUCCUAGCGCGGACAUUCCUGGUACCGCCGGUCGAAGGUGCAACAAGACCAGUUCCGGCGGGGACGGAUGCGGCAGUCUCUGCUGCGGCAGAGGGUACAACGUGGUCAGGCAACGACGCGUCGAGAGGUGCAGGUGCAAAUUUCACUGGUGUUGCUACGUGCAGUGUCAAAAUUGCACGGUGGAAGAGUGGAUCACCGUUUGCAAGUGAACAAACGUUGAUAUACAUCGAACGAACGUUUCUGUUUGUUCUCCUCGCAGCCAGCUGGAUUAUCGUCAAGCGACCGAGGGAAAAAUGAUGAAACGAAGAAGACGAUCGACGUCAAAUACAUUUCGACGGGCUAUGAAACACUUGGAAACGUUUCGAAUAUACAGGCAGGCAUAAAAAUAGGUGGACAAACUUUGACGACGUACUCUGCCCCCUUCGAACAUUAUUUAUCCGUUACAGAAAAGAAUAAUAUGCCAGGUAAUCGCGACGAGAAAUAUUCCAGCAUUUCGGAAUAAGAUGCCGAAGUUUGUCCACCCUUUUCUCUCUCACCCUGUAAAUACCUCGAGAGGCUUACAAUUCUGUUCGAACCCUAUAGACGAAUCGAAAUAUUAGAAUAUGCAAACAAAUAUAACUUAUUUCGAGAUUUUCACGAUUCGAACAAAAUUCUAAUCAACUCGAAGUUGGAAAAUUUACGAAAUAAAGUUCCAAGUACCAAACGCUGCGGACUACGGUAUACGAAACGAGUCCGCUUUUAUUUCGUGUCGUGCAAAAACGACCGUGAUACCGGAGACUGGUAAAAAACCCGAUUCGAUCGUCGAUUCGGUGACCGUACUUUUUAAUCACGCUUACAAUUAAUACGUUAUCGACACGGGAGCCCGAUUGACGACAACUGGUUCCCAUCAACGGAACGAUCGACGUCGUUGUUCUAAACCGCGCGAGUAAUAUAAUUUAAUCGUCUAGAUUAAGCGAGCCUGUAAUUUAUUUGUAACGUUGGAUAAUCUAUUUAAUUAGUAGAUAAUUUGAAUAUUCGCAGCAACUGUAACACCUCCGUCACAGUAUUAUUAGAAGAAGCAACAGUGCGUGUGAAAAUGAUCGGGAAUGGAUGCGAUUGUAUACAAAUUUACUGAUUUGCGCGUACAAUAAAGAGUUCCUUACGACCACAUCAUCGUUUUAUUCAUUUACUUCCGACGCGAUCUAUAAGAUCAAUCUAUGACCGCGUAAAGCGCGACGAUUUAAAACCGGUUAAAGAGUUACAAAGUUGAUCGAUUAUUAGCGAGUUUGCAAGUACAAGCGAUCGGAUAAUAAAUUUUCCAAAUAACUUUCUAAAGAACUAGUAAAAAAACGAUUGCGACUUGAUCGAAUCGAAAAGUAAAAAAUAAAGUAGGAUUUUCUAGAAAACAUUCGAUGUUCAUAAUGGUCGGUGCAGUUCGAACGGUUGCUCGAUAGAGAAAAGAUCGAUGGACGCAGCAACGAUUACAACACAACCCCUCGUUACGCAGAAAUCGUCCGGAAAGCGUAACUCUUUCGGACAGAUUUACAGAUGACCGAAGCCUUUCCGAUACUAUUAUUCCUUGCCACGAUAGAUUCGUUCGACCUUCUUUUUCCAUCGAUCGAACGAUAAAUUGUCCCCAUGUUAAAACCUUGGAAAAAAAUCUGUGCCAAUCCCGCUUACGUGCCAACAAGCAAAAAGACCCGUUUCAACGGUGCAUUGCGAAACAUUGGAGAGGAAUGCUUGACGCGUUCAUUUUCGAUUCGCGUUUCAAAUGCUGCUGACUUCUAUAUCCGAAGAGAUGCUCUUUCGAUUCCAAUCGGCCGACGAGAACAUACGAGAGAGAGAGAGAGAGUCUCUUUGUGAAGACCGAUAACACAAAGGACGAUUAUCUUUCCGUGAUCGAGAGCAUCGCGUUUGCAUGCUCAACGAUUCGAUUCGAAUCGAGUCGACUCGAGCCGAGAUUCAAAGCCCCUACAAUUCAUCGAUGAGCAAAUUAGGUUCUCCGGACUAUACCGCGGUGACUAGGAUUCCGAUUAGAUUAGCACCGAAAUCGAACGAGGACUUUCGUAAUCGUAUUUUACGCGGGUCGCUGCUCGCCGCGACGCCACGUCGAUAACCGAUAAUCCAAACCGCUACUGUUAUAUUUUUAUCCAAGAUAUUAAUAUGCUUUACUUAAAACGCGUUACGACGUUGAACACGUUUCUUCUUCCAUAUUAUCGAAGAUCGUCGAUAAAGCGAAACGACAUUUAUCGUGAUCCAUGUCGCGAAUUCGAUCGAAUCGAUGAUCGAAGACAAGUUAUUAUAUCAAUACGAUGGUACUUUCCUUUAAUCCGAAGCACGGAGAAGAAGAAAAAGAAGAGGAAGAAGAAGAAGAAGAAGAAGAAGAAGGAGAUGAAGAUGAGGAAGAAACGUUUCGCUUCGUAUUCGCAUUAACCGCGGCUCUCUUUGACAAGAACACUAGCCAGGAUGACCCUGAAGAAGCCGCGAUAAAGCGCAUUAAUUUAUCGCGCGACCCUCGAGAGAUCUUUUUCAAGGCGCAUCGAUCCGGUCAACGAGAUUAGAAGCGGGACCGCGACGCGACACUUUUUACCGCUAGAUACCUGUAUCUGAACGACAAUUAUUUCCGUACCCUUGACGAUUCCCGAUUCAUCGCACGUUUACCAGUUCCUCCAAAGCGAAACAAUAGCGUUUACGCGAAUCGGACGAUUUAUUUCGAAUCGAUUGACUUCGAAUAAUAGUCGCAGAGGAUGAUACGUUUCUCUUUUCUUAUAGCAGAGAAAGAUGCUUCGCGCUGAAAAUCCUAUUCUUCGGGGCAACGACAUCCUAACGUUGCGAACAACGUAUCGCUUCGAUAUAGAAUAAAAUGUAUGUACCGUAAAGUCGUAUGAAAGAAAAGUUGGUAUAAAUAAAGAAAAUAAAUCGUAAGUGCGUCCUCGAAGGACAUAUUAAAAGCAUGGAAAAAGAGAGAAAAGGAGAUAGCGAAGAAGAAGGGAAAAAGAGGAGAAGAAGGAGAGGAGAGAGAAAAAGAGAGGCUGAACGACGAUCUCAGGAACGAAAUCAAUGAGCUAACAGGCUUGCGAGUUAGCAGUUAGUUAAUUAAGUCGGCGUUAUUGGAUCAUGGAAGCCAAGCACCCCUCCCCAGUAGCACCCCCUCGACGCAAUCGUGACUACCGCCCUCCACGAGCGUCGUGGAACUCGGCUCUUACGCCGGCACACGAGCAUUGCGAACAUUGCGAGGGUGGACGCCGCAGGGCCUGCACAACCUGCCAGACGUUUUAAUUAGAGGUGAGUUUCAUCGCGAGCCACGCUAAGAGCACCACCACUGACUACCCCCUUCCUAUUACUUGUCCCUUACGAGUAAGUAUUUUGCACACCUUUCGCGAAACCCCCUUCGUUCCUUUCGUCGCUAGAACGCCGCACGAGCCAGAAGAUCUCGCGUCUCUCUCUUCGACGUCGUCGACUCUUGGAAAACCGAUGACGCGAAUCGAGAAGAACGCCUAGCGAAAACUCUACUUAAACUUCGAUUUUCUUUCGACCGACGACGUUCCUGCUAUUCUCGUGCGGUGCUUCAACCAUGUUUGCGAUUAGCUGGCUAGCGAUAAUUAAAUAGACUAGACAUCGCUUUCGCUUCUUCUGCUAAUUUUUUUAGAAUUCUUCCUACGAUGUUCGUGUCCGUAAUUCGAUCGCAAUUUAGGUAAAACGUUUCCGUGUCGCGAGUAACGAGUUCCGUUAGAGACCAGGAACGAAGAAGAAAAGAAAAAGCACGAAGGAACAUUGUCGUGGAGUUAUCAGAAAAAGGGCGCGUAUACCGCGGGGUGUUUUACGUUCCACGGUGCGUGUCACAGAGGUGGCGGAACAUGUGUUCCAGUAUGUUUUGCCAGGAGGCAAAAGACACGGAUAGAAUACGGGGUAGACGAGGGGGACGAGGCAGGACGACGGGAAGGAUUCGUCUACGGCGUACGGAUAGCGGAGGUAAAUCCAAGGCAGGUGUCUCGACGUGGCAAGAACGAUCGAGGAGACGAGCACGCGGUAGUUUCUACCGACGUAUCGGUAUUUCCAACGAGAGAGCAGAGAGAGGGAGAGAAAAAAAGAAGGGGAUACACGGUAGUAAGACAAGACGGAAAGAAAGAAAGACAAGAGGAGAGGAGGAUCUCUCGCGAGUCGUGGUCGAGUCGCGAGACGAGAGCCGAGUGCCGAGACCGCGCCAGUCCAGAGAAGAAUAUAGCGAAAAGUUAAAUGUUGCAUGAGCUUCGAGGAAGAAGAACAGCCGCGAGAUUCCCGGUAUCGAUUAACCCCCUGACGGAAAUAACGUACGAGCGGCGAGGAACGAGCGAUUUUUCGUAUCGAUCGCGAGAACAGCGACACCUCCGCCUCGGAAUGCCAAACGGAGGAGAGAACGCGUCGUUAUCUGUCGAAAGGAUCGAUCUUGGAUCUGUAAAAGGUAGUAGCAACGCCGAGAAAAAGACCAGCCGAAAGAAAGAUAUCCGUGGCGCGAGAAGACGAAUAGAGAGGAAAGCUCGCGGCUCUACCGAGCGAGCGGGCGAUUCGCGCGCCUCUACGACGGCGAUCGAUGCGAUCGCCGGACGUACGAUACCGUGGCCGCUAAUCGAUGCAACGACGACGUUGCAACUUUUUCGUCGAGCGCCGAAUCGAAAGGACAUCGCGCGUCUGCUAGUUUUUCCGGCGUACAGGCGCGUUUCGAGCCACCAUCGAGACCACUUGUCACCAGUUUACCGUACUUUCCGACGAAACGAGUGUCGAACCCUUUUCAACCGGUCCGAACCGGUCGGCUGCCGAUCGUUUUCGGCCUCUGCCGCUCUUUUUCUUU